UCACGUGACACAAGCCCGACCUCUCUCACUUCCUUAGCAACGUGUGGCUGUACCCGGAAGUGCUUUAAGUCGUUUUUAGCGAACCGGCUAACGUUGACAAGUGACAGUUGGAACUUACAAUCAUCCUUCUUUUAUGCGCCGUGUCGCUUAUGGGAGACAAGUAUAAGUAAGAGUGCUUCCCCCAAAAGGUUUUGCCACACAAUUGUGUGUAUUGGGCGAUGACAAGUAAUGCAGGGGGAUAUGGAAAGUGCUCAGAAGAAGACUACUGCAGAGCAGCAAACACCAUUAUUCAAAGACACUUCAUGGCACAAUACACGGGACUCAAUCCAGAAUCAUAAGCUAAGUGUCGGUGGAUUUGUUUUAGUGCAUGCAGGUGCAGGAUACCAUUCAGAAUCAAAGGCCAAGGAGUACAAACAUGUAUGCAAAAGAGCUUGCCAGCAAGCUGUGGAGCAGCUCAAAGCAGGGGCACUUGCAGUUGAAGCAGUGGCUGCAGCACUGGUGGAGCUCGAGGACUCUCCUUUUACAAAUGCGGGCAUGGGCUCCAACCUUAACUUGUCAGGGGAAAUAGAAUGUGAUGCCAGUGUCAUGGAUGGUAAAUCACUGCAAUAUGGAGCUGUUGGUGCUAUUAGUGGAAUCAAGAACCCCAUCAUGGUUGCAAAUCGACUACUAAGUGAAGCACAAAAAGGGAAAUUAUCAGCAGGAAGAAUACCCCCUUGCUUUUUGGUGGGACGGGGUGCACAUGACUGGGCUGUUGGCCACGGUGUCCCACCCUGCCUCUCUGAGAAAAUGACCACAAAAUUUAGUUUAUCUGCCUACAAGCGGAACAAAAGAAAGAUGGAGCUGGCUGAGAAAAUGGAUACGGGGCGUAAUCACACAAAGAAGAGGCGACAAUCAAGUGGAAACGAAAAUGGUUCCGGGAUUCUUGACACUGUUGGAGCCAUUGUGGUUGACAUGCAAGGUAAUGUAGCUGCAGCGGUGUCCAGUGGAGGUCUGGCCAUGAAACAUCCAGGCAGGGUUGGCCAGGCUGCUCAUUACGGAUGUGGCUGUUGGGCUGAAAAUGCUUGUAACAUGAACCCUUAUGCUACAGCAGUCAGUACCUCAGGCUGUGGUGAGCAUCUGAUUCGCACCAUGCUAGCACGGGAAUGCUCUGCGGCCAUGCAGUCGAAAGAUGCUCAUCAAGCAUUGCUCGAGGCUAUGCAAAACAAGUUCAUCAGCUCACCUUUUUUGGCCAGUGAAGAUCGAGUUUUGGGUGGAGUAAUUGUCUUGCGGUGCUGCAGAUGUGUGGAACCUCAGCCAUCUUCAAAUAUUCAGGGUGCACUAGUGGAGUUUCAUUGGAGUCACACCACAGAAAGCAUGUGUAUUGGCUACAUGUCGGCCCAAGAUAGCAAAGCAAAGACACACAUAUCCAGAUUACCACCUGGGACCGUUCCUGGUCAAUCCUUGGCCAUCGAGGGAGGUGUUUGUCGCCUGAUGACCACGGCGGAGUGAAUCUUAUUUCUAUUUUCAUCUUCUAAAGCAAUACUCCAAUACACCCGUGUGUUAGUGACACAACACAACAUGCUUGGGUGUUUCACUUGUAGUUUGCGCACUUGCAGGACUUCCAUAUGCUGGAUUAUACUUGAGACACUGUUGCCUUUUUUGCGCCACUUCUCUCUUUUCCCCAGUUGCUUUCUUCCUAUUAAGUGUAGAUACGCUACUGUAAACUAAUAAGGUAAACAGGGUGUGUUGUUUUGUAUUGCUCCACUGAUGGAACUAUUUUUGAACUUUAAAGGAUGACUGUACAAAAUGUAACUUAAGUGCUUUUCAAAUGUAAAAUACAGCAUUAUGCACAUUGUAGGACAUUUACUGUAUAUUUAAAAGUAGGCUCUGACAUUUAACAUGUGCUAAGUGAUAAAUACACUCACUUGGUGUUGUCUCAUACACAUAUUGUCAUUGUCUCAAUGUACAAUGAAGAAUGACAUGCUUCUUAGAUAAGGAGACGUACAGACUACGUUUACACUGAUUUUUUGCAGUGUUAUAUACGGCGAGUAAAAUGUGAUCUUUAUCAGACUCCAGUAUAAACGCGCACAGGCCCCAUUGUGGCCUCGACGUCACUUGCAUGCACAGUUUGAUAAAGUGAUAAUAAAGGAAAUUGACCGAAUUACGCAAAUAAACAUGGAAGUUGCUACUACUACUACUACCGUAAAUUCCGGACUAUCAGAUGCUACUUUUUUCUUACCCUUAGAAUUCUGCGGCUUAUAAGACCAUGCGGCUAAUUUAUUGAUUUUUCUCCGAUAAACGCCAUAAUAAAAAGAGUAAAAAGAAAUUAACAAAAAACAAGCAAAUACACCUAAAAAAGUGUUAUAUUGUUUGUGCUAUGGCGCCAUGGACGACUUUGUUCACUGCAGGUGUCCCUCCAUUUACGGGUAGUGCUUUUUUUAGCAUGGAUUCUUCAUUCAUCAGUCUAAGCAACGUUGGUAAGUUUUACAGUAUAAAACAGUUUAUACUUACUAAUCUUCUCCCAUGUGUGAUGUCUGCAGGAGUGUUUUCAUGCAUAUUAGUACAUGUUAUCGUAAGGUAAUGACGCUAGCCUCGUUAGCAUGAGCUAAUAUGCUAACACAUUUACGACUGGAGCUGCAUUUCCAUUGCAGUUUUCGCAAAUAAAAGGCAUAAUUCUCGUAAAAUGA